UCUCACACCAUCUGAAUCCCACUAUUACUUUCCUCUUCUCCGCUCUCUCCCUCCCCCAAAACCCUAAACCCUGAUUUGAGGGUCUCUGUGACUCCUCCUCUCUCAAACCCUAACCUAAUCUCAUUACUAUGCAAAGCUCCACUGAGCUCUAGACACUAGUACUCGGCGCCGUUGAAGAUGCCGCCAAGCUUCGCUUUUUUACUCGGCCUGGUUCUUUUGACUAUGGCGGACCAAACGGCGUCGCAUUUGAGCUCCGGCGGUCCGCACAUUGCCGACGUCAAUAUCCUUCUGCCUCCGAAGAUGACGCAUCCGGUUGAGUAUAGGCUUCAGGGAAGCGACGGCUGCUUCAAAUGGUCAUGGGAUCAUCAUGAUUUUCUCUCUGUUCUGCCUGAAUAUAAUUCAACUAGUCACUGCUCAACGAGUGCUCGGUUGAGAUCAGUUGCUUCUUAUAGUGGUAGAAAGGAGACUGCUGUUUAUGCUACCGACGUAAAUACUGGAGUUGUGAUUCGGUGCAAAGUUUUUAUUGACAAACUUUCCAGAAUCCAGAUAUUUCAUAAUUCUGUUAAACUUGACUUAGAUGGGCUUGCCACUCUUCAAGUCCGUGCCUUCGAUGAUGAAGAAAAUGUGUUUUCGUCACUGGUGGGAUUGCAAUUUAUGUGGCAGCUAGAAACCAAUGAACCACUGCAUCACCUUGUUCAUGUUCCUCUUAAGGACUCUCCCCUGAGUGACUGUGGUGGAUUGUGUGGAGACCUAGAUGUCCAAAUAAAACUUGAAGAUAGUGGUGUGUUCUCAGACAUGUAUGUUGUAAAGGGAAUCGAAAUUGGGCAUGAGAUUGUUUCUGUGCAUUUGCUUGAGCCACAAUUCAAAUACAUGGCUGAUAAGAUUGUCCUAACUGUAGCAGAAGCCAUGUCACUCGAACCUCCCUCACCUGUACUUGUCCUUGUUGGCGCUGCUGUUCGUUAUAAUCUAAAAGUUAUUCGUGGGAACAAGGCUCAAGUGGUAACUUUGCCGUCCCCACAUCAUCAAUGGUCUUCGUCAAACUCUUCAGUUGCUCAUGUUGACUCUAUGACAGGCUUGACAAACGCAUUGAGCUUAGGGGUAACAAAUGUCAUAGUUGAAGAUACAAGGGUUACUGGCCACAUACAAGUGUCCUCACUCAAUGUUGUCCUGCCAGAUUCUUUAUCUUUAUACUUGACACCUCUGUCUGCUUCUGGUGAUCCUGUACAAGGAACUAAAGCAAUUCCGUCCAUGACCCGUUGGUAUGGUGUUUCUGGUCAUCAGUACCUCAUUCAAAUGAAGGUUUUCUCCCAGGGGCCAGAUGCGCAAGAAAUUUACAUCACAGAGAAUGAUGAUCUAAAGCUGUCCAAAACCAAGUCAGAUUAUUGGCAAAUUUUUCCUGUAUCUGAUGAUAUUGCAGUCAAACAUAGCUGGCAGAAUUCUGUAGUCCUAAAAGCAACUUCACGGGGACAGGGAAAAUUAACAGCUUCAUUGACUUACUUUAGUGCGCUAAAUGAAACGAAGGAGGUUCUCAAGGUUGUGCAAGAAGUCACUAUAUGUGAUCAAGUGAAGUUUAGUUUGGACAAAAGUGUUGCGACCAUUCUCCUUCCCUGGGUUCCUGCUGUUUAUCAGGCGGUCGAGCUGAAGGUUUCAGGAGGUUGUGCAAAAGCAUCUACAGACUACAAAUGGUUCUCCUCAGACAUGGGUAUUGUGUCUGUAUCUGCUUCUGGGGUUGUCCAGGCUAAGAAGCCUGGUAAAGCUACUAUUAAAGUGCUAUCCAUUUUUGAUUCAUUCAAUUAUGAUGAGGUGGUCAUUGAAGUUUCGGUCCCAGCAUCUAUGUCCAUGCUUCUUAACUUCCCUGUGGAGACUGUAGUAGGAUCACAUCUUCAAGCUGCUGUAACAAUGAAAGCAUCAAAUGGUGCCUACUUUUAUAGAUGUGAUGCAUUCAGUUCCUUCAUAAAGUGGAAAGUAGAGAGUGGGCCUUUCAUCAUUGUCAAAGGGGAGGCAUCUGAUUCACACAUGUUAGGGAAUGCUGAGUUCCAUACAUCAACUUAUGGUUCUCCAUGUUCAUGGGCAGAUUUAUAUGCUUCCGCUUCUGGUCGAGCUACUCUUCAUGCUACAUUACCUGAUGAAUAUCACAACUAUGAAAGCUCUUUUCAUGGACCUAUUGUCUUAAAAGCAUCUUCACUUAUUGCGGCAUAUCCACCACUUAGUGUUCGUCAGGCUGGUGAUGGAAAUCAUUAUGGUGGUUACUUUUUUGAUUUGACUCUAACAGAAACUGAUAAUCCAUUGGUAAAGUUGGAUAAAAUGUACCUUGUCCCUGGAACGCAUCUGGAUGUCAUGCUUCUUGGUGGUCCCGAACAGUGGAAAAAUGGUGUUGAGUUUGUGGAACCUGUGGAGAUCUUAAAUAAAGAACAUGGUCACAUUGAUGAUGGUGCUUCUGUGCAACGGUUAUCUGAGACCUAUAGGAGUCUGUACAGAGUUUCAUGCGAGAUGCUUGGAACCUAUAAUAUUGUUUUCAAACAGGGUAAUCUUGUUGGGGAUGACCAUCCUGUGCCUGCAGUGGCUGACGUGUCUCUGUCUCUUAUAUGUAGCAUUCCUACCUCAAUUGCUUUGAUAGCCGAUGAACCUGUAAAUCAACUUGAAGUUAUAAGGACAGCAAUUCAGGCUAACCGUAAAUCAGGGAGAAUUCGUGUCACUCCCAUUACUGUGGCAAAUGAGCGCACCAUUAGAUUAGCUGCAGUUGGCAUUAGUAGUAUUGGAGAAGCUUUUGCAAACUCAUCAUCUCUUCAUUUGCAGUGGGAACUUAGCAAUUGUGAUGGGAUGGCCUAUUGGGAUGAUGCUGAUAAUUUACAGAGAUCAAAGUACAGUUGGGAAAAUUUUUUGAGCCUGCAAAAUGUGUCGGGCCUGUGUAUUGUUCGUGCUACUGUUAUUGGUUUCCACAAUACCAUGGGUAAACAUAAUACUAUACCAUUGCUUGAGAGUUCAGAGAAUGUUCUUACAGAUGCUAUUCGUUUGCAGCUUGUUUCUACAUUGAGGAUUAGUCCAGAAAAUCAUUUGGUAGUUUUCAAUCCCAAUGCUAAGGUAAAUCUGGCAAUUUCUGGUGGGAGCUGUUUUCUGAAAGUUGUUGUAAAUGAUUCUCAAGUGGUAGAAGUCAUUCAACCCCCAACGGAUUUACAAUGCUCACAACUGGUGCUGUCUCCUAAUGGUUUGGGGACUGCACUUGUGACAGUUUAUGAUAUUGGGCUUGCUCCUCCACUUGCAGCUUCUGCUGUGGUACAAGUUGCAGAGAUCGACUGGAUAAAGAUUAUGUCACCAGAAGUUAUAAGCCUUAUGGAAGGGAGUUCACAGACUAUUGAUAUAAUGGCUGGUAUUAGUGAUGGGAGAACUUUUGACUCUUAUCAGUUUGCCUACAUUAGUGUUCAAGUGCAUGUUGAGGAUCAAAUUAUUGAGGUGUCAGAUAUUAAUGACAUCUCAAACACAGAUGGUGGAUAUAUAAAUGUUCCAAAAUUUAAGAUUUUUGCUUCACAUCUUGGGAUCACAACUUUCUUUGUCAGUGCUUUGCAGCAAUCUGGGCAUGAAAUUUUGAGUCAACCAAUAAUGGUGGAAGUCUAUGCAGCACCAGAGAUUCACCCCCACGAUGUAUUCCUUGUACCUGGUGCAUCUUAUGUGCUUACUUUAAAGGGAGGCCCAACAGUUGGUGUAAAUGUUGAAUAUACGAGUAUGGAUGAUGAAGUAGCAACAAUAGAUAGAUCUUCAGGACAAUUAUCUGCGAGAUUACCUGGGAACAGUACUAUUCAUGCCACAGUCUUAAAAAAUGGAGAUACUGUGAUCUGUCAAGCAUAUACCAGUGUUAAAGUAGGAGUUCCUUUUUCGGUGAUAUUGAAUGCACAAAGUGAACUGCUUGGUGUUGGCAAAGAGAUGCCACUUUAUCCUGUGUUUUCUGAGGGUGAUCUGUUUUCUGUUUAUGAGCAAUGCCAAAAUUACCAUUGGAGUGGAGAAGAUGAAAAGGUGUUGAGUUUUUAUGGGUUAGAGCACUUGAAUAGUGAAAAGUAUGGAUCUCAACUAGAUUAUGCAGAAAAAUUUCGUUUUACAAGCCAUAUUAGUGAGGAAGAGCUUGGUUUUAUCAAAGUAGUGCUUGGAAGAUCUGCAGGGAGGACAAAUAUCGCAGUCUCAUUCUCAUGUGAAUUUGUAUCUUCUGGUUCUAAGUCAUGGAGAAGAAUUUACAAUGCCUCUGUAUCAAUAUCGGUGGUGCCUGAUCCCCCGCUUGCUCUCGGAGUUCCAAUAACCUGGAUUCUUCCUCCUCAUUAUACUACAACUAGUCUUUUACCUUUAUCUUCAGAAUCGCAUGGCCAACGGGAUAGUCAGAGUCAUAAAGGAACUAUCAUCUAUUCUUUAUUGAGAAAUGGUCCUGACAAGAAUGAAGUUCUGCAAAAAGAUGCUAUUUCCAUUGAUGGAGACAGAAUAAAGACAUCAGAAAGUAACAAUCUUGCAUGCAUUCAGGCAAAAGAUCGAAUGACAGAUAGAAUUGAGAUUGCUGCUUGUGUCAAAGUUGCUGAGGUGGCUCAAAUAAGGAUUUCAGAUGACUGGUUACCAUUUCGUGGGAUCAAUCUUGGUCUUGGUGCUGAGCUUUCUCUUCCAGUAGUCUAUUUGGACGCACUAGGAAACCGUUUUUAUGAAGCAUAUGACACCGUCCUCUUUGAUAUUGAAACUGACAAUCCUGAUGUGGUGUCUGUAAACACGACGCUCGCUGGAAGUGGAAUCAUCCAUCUCAAGGCAAUGCGACAUGGUAGAGCUCUUGUGCGAGUAUCCAUUGCUAGUAUUCCCUUGAAGUCCGACUAUAUCCUGAUAUCAGUGGGAGCGCAUAUACAUCCUCAGAACCCAGUUAUUCACAUAGGAAGCCAUGUUAACUUCAGUAUAGAAGGUUUAAAUGAUCAAAUUUCUGGCCGGUGGCUUACUGCCAAUGAAAGUGUCAUAUCUGUCUCCCCAUUGUCUGGAGAAGCUGAAGUAAUUGGGGAAGGUACAACUCAAGUACACUUUGAGGCGCCAAGCAUGAAGUUGCGAACAACAGUUACAGUGCUAACAGAUGAUAUUGUUUCUGUUGAAGCUCCAAGGGAGACACUGACAAAUGUUCCCUUCCCCACUAAAGGAUAUAACUUCUCUGUGAAGAUCAGCGACAAGUAUAAGGCAUUUGGAAACACCAAGGGCUUCCAGUAUGUUUGUAGAGUGGACCCUCCUUUUGUUGGGUAUUCAAAGCCAUGGAUUGAUCUUGAUACUGGUAACUCAUAUUGCCUCUUCUUCCCUUACACACCGGAGCAUUUGGUUCGUUUCAAGUCCAAGGAUAUGAAACCAGAUAUAUCUGUUUCCAUCAAUGCUUCACUGAGAGGAGCUGAUCAUGUUUCAGGAUCGGCAUCUGCUCUUUUCGUUGGAGGUUUUUCUGUUAUGGAGAUGGGCAAGGAUUCAUUCCAGUUGAAUUUGACUCCAGACUUUAACAAGACUAUCGUCACAAUUCUGGGGAACACAGAUGUUGAAAUGUAUUGGCGUGAGCGGGAUUUAUUACUCAUUACUCCCAUCCAUAAAGAAGGUUUUGGGAUCGGUGGGCGUGCAAAGUAUGAGGUCAAAAUGUUAGGUACCAAGAGAUUCAAAGAUACAAUUUUCAUCACACUACCAGCCAAUGGUCAAAGUGUAGAAAUUGAUGUCAGUGGUGACCCUGGAGAAAAAGCAGCAUCAGAAACUACCGCUAUCAAUUAUACCCUUUGGGCAACCAUGCUCGGAGGUCUUGCUCUAUUGAUUUUGAUAGUGGUAGUCUUCAAAUAUUAUUCUGACAGACCGGAUAGAUCUCAUAUACCUGUUGCUCCUGCUACUCCAAGUUUUGCAGCCCCGGUCACACCUGAACGUAGCAACCCUGCUGUUGUGAGUGAACUGUCUCCUCGAACACCUCAGCCCUUCAUGGAUUAUGUGAGGAGGACGAUAGAUGAAACCCCGUACUACAAGCGAGAGCCACGAAGGAGGGUUAACCCACAGAAUACUUUCUAGUUUCUUGGACUGCAUGUUAACAAAUUAGAUAGGACAGUCAAAUCUCAGAAAGUUGUACCAUGUAAAAUGCAAAGUGCUCGGAACCAGGCAUUGUUGUCAAAAUUUUGUUGUACACAUGAAGUCAGUCCAAUGUAGUUACUAGUUAGUCUGUAUAUGUAACCAAAACUAGAUUUAAAAUCCCUAGCAUUAUGCUCAAAGGCUUGAGUUCGAGUUCAA